AUGAAGCAGCACCAAUGGAAAAGAUUACAGGUGUAUGAUCCAUAUGGAAAGAACAAUUGUUUUUCUUUCUGCAUCAUCCAGGAGUAUAUAUAUGCUUCAAAACUCCAAUCAUCCAGUGAGAAUAUUCUCCAAGAACCUCCCAAGCUGAUGCCUGAAACUGUGGAUAGUGCCAAACUCUGUAUAUACUGUUUCUUCCUUCACAUGAGAUGGUCUUUUACUGUUCUUUGUCAGGUGUGCAUAUGUGGGGGCAUCUAUGCGUGUGAGUGUCACGAGAUCAUCCUUCCUUCCUUUGUCUUACUUUCCUUCUCCCCUUUUCUUUCUUUUCUUCUCUCUUUGUUUUUCCUUCUUUUUCCCCGUUUUGUCUUUCCUUCUUUUCCUCACUUUAUCUUUCCUUCUUUUCCUCACUUUACCUUUCCUUCUUUUCCCCACUUUGUUAUUCCUUUUUUCCCCCCUUCUUUGCCUUUUUUUUGUUCCCUCUUUGUCUUUCUUUCUUUUUCCCCUCUGUCAUUCUUUUUCUUUUCUCUCUUUUCCUCCUUCUCUCCCUUGUCUUUCUUUCCUUCCCUCUUUGUUUUUCCUUCAUUCUUCCCCUCUUUGUCUUUCCUUCUUUUUCCUCCCUCUUUGUCUUUCCUUCUUUUUCCUCCCUCUUUGGAUUUCCUUCUUUAUUUCCUCACUCUUUGGAUUUCCUUCUUUUUUUCCUCCUUGGAUUUCUUUCUUUUCCCUCCUUUUAUCAUUCCUUCUUUCUCUCCAUCUUUGUCUUUUCUUCUUUUUCCCCUCUCUUUCUUUCUUUUUGUUCUCUUUCUUUUCCUUCUCUCUCUUUCUUUCCUUCUCGCCUUUGUCUUUCUUUCCUUCCCUCUUUGUUUUAACUCCCCCCUUUGUCUUUCCUUUCCCCCUGCUCUUUGUCAUUCAUUCUUUUUCCCCCCUCUUUGUCUUUUCCCUCCUUGUCUUUCCUUCUUUUUUCCCUUCUUGUCUUUCCUCCUUUUCUCCCCUCUUUGUGUUUCCUUCUUUUUCCCCUCUCUUUCUUUUUCCUCUCUCUCUUUCUUUCUCUCCCUUGCCUUUCUCUCCUUCCCUCUUUGUUUUUCUCUUUGUCUUUCUUUCAUUUCCCCUUUCUUUCUCUUUCCUUCUUUCACCCAUUGUCUUUCCUUCCUUUAA